GAGCCAGAGCAAAGGUCAGAGGAUCCAUCAGAGACUCAAACCAGAACCAGAACCAGAACCCAGCUGUGUGUCCUUUAAGAGUGACAGGUCAAAGAAUGAGAUCAUUGACUUUAAAUCUCCUGGAUCUCCACCAUCAGAGAGAGUGGACCAGCAGAGCUCAGAGGUUCCCAGUGGUCCGUCUGCCCAGCAGAAACAAAAACAGCUUCAUGCUGCUGGAGGACAAUAUUGUCACUUUUGUGAAGAAAGAACUGAAAAAGAUCCAGAAAGUUCUGAGUCCAAAUGACCCAGAACAUUCAGAGAGUCAGAGAGAUGAUGAGGGGUUGGAAGGUGAUGAUGAAGAGCAGAGGAGGAGCAACAGAGAGGCAGUGAUGAAGAUCACACUGAACUUCCUGAGGAGGAUGAAGCAGGAGGAGCUGGCUGACCAUCUGCAGAGCAGAUAUUUUGCUCCAGUUUGUCAACAUCAACUUAAAUCUGGUCUGAAGAAAAAGUUCCAGUCUGUGUUUGAGGGGAUUGCUAAAGCAGGAAGUCCAACCCUUCUGAACCAGAUCUACACAGAGCUCUACAUCACAGAGGGAGGGACUGGAGAGGUCAAUGAUGAACAUGAGGUCAGACAGAUUGAAACAGCAUCCAGGAAACCAGACAGACCAGAAACAACAAUCAGACAAGAAGACAUCUUUAAAGUCCAACCUGGAAGAGACCCACCAAUCAGAACAGUGAUGACAAAGGGAGUGGCUGGCAUUGGGAAAACAGUCCUAACACAAAAAUUCACUCUGGACUGGGCUGAAGACAAAGCCCACCAGAAAAUCCAGUUCAUAUUUCCAUUCACGUUCAGAGAGCUGAAUGUGCUGAAGGAGAAAAAGUUCAGCUUGGUGGAACUUGUUCAUCAUUUCUUUAGUGAAACCAAAGAAAUCUGCAGCUUUGAACACUUCCAGGUUCUGUUCAUCUUUGAUGGUCUGGAUGAGAGUCGACUUCCUCUGGACUUCCACAACAAGGAGAUCCUGACUGAUGCUACAGAGUCCACCUCAGUGGACGUUCUGCUGACAAACCUCAUCAGGGGGAAUCUGCUUCCCUCUGCUCUCCUCUGGACAACCACACGACCUGCAGCAGCCAAUCAGAUCCCUCCUCAGUGUGUUGGCAUGGUAACAGAGGUCAGAGGGUUCAAUGACCCACAGAAAGAGGAGUACUUCAGGAAGAGAUUCAGAGAUAAGCAACAGGCCAGCAGGAUCAUCUCCCACAUGAAGACAUCACGAAGCCUCCACAUCAUGUGCCACAUCCCAGUCUUCUGCUGGAUCACUGCUACAGUUCUGGAGGAUGUGUUGGAGACCAGACAGGGAGGAGAGCUGCCCAGAACCCUGACUGAGAUAUACAUCCACUUCCUGGUAGUUCAGACCAAAGUGAAGAAGGUCAAGUAUGAUGGAGGAGCUGAAACAGAUCCACACUGGAGUCCAGAGAGCAGGAAGAUGAUCAAGUCUCUGGGAAAACUGGCUUUUGAUCAGCUGCAGAAAGGAAACCUGAUCUUCUAUGAAUCAGACCUGACAGAGUGUGGCAUCGAUAUCAGAGCAGCCUCAGUGUACUCAGGAGUGUUCACACAGAUCUUUAAAGAGGAGAGAGGUCUGUACCAGGACAAGGUGUUCUGCUUCGUCCAUCUGAGUGUUCAGGAGUUUCUGGCUGCUCUUCAUGUUCAUCUGACCUUCAUCAACUCUGGUUCUGAUGUGAUGAAAGAAACACAAAGAUCUAAGAAAUCUUCAUUACUUAAUAAAUCUGACCUAAAGUCUCUCCAUCAGAGAGCUGUUGACCAGGCCUUACAAAGUCCAAAUGGACACCUUGACUUGUUCCUCCGCUUCCUCCUGGGACUUUCACUGCAGACCAAUCAGAGACUCUUAAAAGGUCUGCUGAAACAGACAGGAAGUAGCUCACAGACCAAUCAGGAAACAGUUCAGUACAUCAAGGAGAAGAUCAGUGAGAAUGUGUCUGCAGAGAAAAGCAUCAAUCUGUUCCACUGUCUGAAUGAACUGAAUGAUCGUUCUCUAGUGGAGGAGAUCCAACAGUCUCUGAGUUCAGGAAGUCUCUCCACAGAUAAACUGUCUCCUGCUCAGUGGUCAGCUCUGAUCUUCAUUUUAGUGUCAUCAGGAAAAGAUCUGGAUGUGUUUGACCUGAAGAAAUAUUCUGCUUCAGAGGAGGUUCUUCUGAGGCUGCUGCCAGUGGUUAAAGCCUCCAACAAAGUUCUACUGAGUGACUGUAACCUCUCAGAGAGAAGCUGUGAAGCUCUGUCCUCAGUUCUCAGCUCCCAGUCCUCCAGUCUCAGAGAACAGGACCUGAGUAACAACAACCUGCAGGAUUCAGGAGUGAAGCUUCUCUCUGCUGGACUGAACAGUCCAAACUGCAACCUGGAAACUCUCAGACUGAGUGGCUGUAACCUCUCAGAGAGAAGCUGUGAAGCUCUGUCCUCAGUUCUCAGCUCCCAGUCCUCCAGUCUCAGAGAAUUGGACCUGAGUAACAACAACCUGCGGGAUUCAGGAGUGAAGCUUCUCUCUGCUGGACUGAAGAGUCCAAACUGCAACCUGGAAACUCUCAGCUUAUCAGGCUGUUUGGUCUCAGAGGAAGGCUGUGCUUCUCUGGCCUCAGCUCUGACCUCCAACCCCUCCCAUCUGAAAGAGUUGGACCUGAGCUACAAUCAUCCAGGAGACUCAGGAGUGAAGCUGCUGUCGGCUGGACUGAAGGAUCCACACUGGAGACUGGAAGCUCUCAGGGUGGAGCCUGCUGGAGUCCCAUUCUUGACACCAGGUCUGAGGAAGUAUUCCUGUCAACUCACCAUCGACACAAACACAGUGAACAGAAAACUCAAACUGUCUGAAGACAACAGGAAGGUGACACAUGUGGAGGAGCUUCAGUCAUAUCCUGAUCAUCCAGACAGAUUUGAUAGUUAUCCUCAGCUGCUGUGUAGAACUGGUCUGACUGGUCGCUGUUACUGGGAGGUCGAGUGGAGAGGAGGAGUUUAUAUAUCAGUGAGUUGCAGAAGAAUCAGGAGGAAAGGAGACAGUGCAGACUGUGUGUUUGGAUAUAAUGUUCAUUCCUGGAGUCUGAGCUGCUCUGAUGAUGUUGGUUACUCUGUCUGGCACAAUAACAUAAAAACUCGUCUCUCCUCCUCCUCUGUCUCUAACAGAGUAGCAGUGUAUGUGGACUGUCCUGCUGGCAUUCUGUCCUUCUACAGAGUUUCCUCUGACUCACUGAUCCUCCUCCACACCUUCAACACCACAUUCACUGAACCUCUGAUUCCUGGAUUUAGGUUCUGGUUCAGUUCUGGUUCC